AUGUGUUAUAUGAGCAUUGGUGAUCUACUUCUUCAGCUUGGCCAUUUUGAAGAAGCACGUAAAAAUCUUAAGAACGCUUUAAAGAUUCAACUUGAUAUUCUUCCAUUUACUCAUCCUGAUUUGGCUAAAACACGCACUCAUUUAUUUGAUGCUUGCUAUUCAAUGGGCGAUUACUUUACAGCACUUGAACAAGCAAAAGCAUUACUGCGCAUAGCCCAAAAAUCCUAUCCAGCCAAUCAUUUUCAAAUUGCCAUUGCUCACAACAAUAUUUCUGCUACUUUAGACAAACUCGAACGAUAUGAAGAAGCACUUGAAGAAGUUGAAAAAGCGGUAAAAAUUGGACAACAUACUUAUCCAUUGGGCCAUUCUGAAAUGAGUGAUAUGGAGAAUUUGUUAGAGAUAGUUCGCUGGAAGAACACGCAACUCGUUGAUCUUCAUUAA